AUGGUCCUGAAUGGUGCAGCAGGUGGUAGCAUCAAAUCGAUGAGAGCAAAUGAGACUCUUGCAUUGAUUGAAAGAAUGGCUGCCAAUGAAAAUGAAGGGUUGUCAUCUAAGCCUAAGAGAGGUGAAUGGGGUAUGCCUCCACCAAUUCCAGCUAAGGAACCUUCUGAUUUAGAGAAGCUAGUAGGACAAAUGGCCCAACAUUCUAAUGCGUUUAUGGAAGAGACUCGGGCAAACACUAAAAACACACAAGCUUCCAUCAGAAAUUUGGAGAGUCAGAUAGGCCAGUUGUCUAGGCAGUUGGCUGAAAGGUCUCAAGGACAGUUCCCAAGUGAUACAAUGGUGAAUCCAAAGGAGGAAUGCAAGUCCAUUGUGACAAGGAGUGGAAUUGUGAUCACUCCUCAAGAAAAGUCGGAAUCAGUUCAGCCAAAGAAAGUUGAUGAGCCAACACCUGUGCUGGAGCAUGAAAAAGAAGAACCUACAAGGAAAGACAAAGAAGAAGCAAAGGAGAAAGCUGUGGAAGCUCCAAAGAAACUGAUGGAUUAUUCUCGUUUUGAGAAACCUCCUUAUCCCAUGAAGCUCAAACAACAGGCACAUAAGCAACAAUAUGCCAGAAAGUAUAAGUUGCAGGAUUGCGAGACAGUAGCACUUACUGAAGAGUGCAGUGUCAUCAUACAGAAGAAGUUCCCACCAAAGCUUCAAGAUCCUGGGAGUUUCAACAUCCCGAUUGCGGUAGGUAACACUAAUAUUGGUCGGGCACUAUGUGAUCUUGGAGCAAGUAUCAACUUGAUGCCAUUGUCAAUAUGCAACUCAUUAGGAAUUACUGAGUUGAAGCCAACCAUGGUCUCUCUUCAGCUUGCUGACCGUUCUUUGAGGAGACCUAAUGGAAUCAUAGAAGAUGUUCUUGUUAAAGUUGACAAGUUCAUUUUCCCGGCUGAUUUCAUCGUGCUAGACAUGGAGGAAGAGGGUGAAAUGCCCCUUCUGUUGGGUAGACCGUUCUUGGCCACAGCUCGAGCUAUGAUUGAUGUAGAACAAGGAAAGCUCGAGUUGAGGAUGAAUGAUAAGAAAAUCACUAUCAAUGUUUUCGAUGCUAUGAAGAACUCAUCUGACCACAGUGAUUGCUUCAGACUUGAUGUGGUUGAGGAAGCAGUCAAAGAGGUGGUUAUGGAAGAGAAAAGUGAGCUUCAAGAGCUUGAAGAAGAGUUGAAGGCUCUAGAUGAAGCUGCUCCAGAAGAAGAGCGAGAAAUUGUCUUUGAGGUACUAGAAAAGAAAGAAGAUGACUCAGCUACAUUAGUACCAAAGGUGGAAUUAGAAGAGUUGCCUGAAACUCUUAAGUAUGCUUUCUUUGGAGACGAAGAACAAUAUCCUGUUAUCAUCAAUAAGGAAGUCCAUCAGCAGCAUAAAGAAAGCAAGCCAAAGAAUCGUAGCUUAUUUUCCUAUCCACACACCUUUGAUGAGAUUGAAGCACUGCUUAUAGAUAUUCAAGGAAACUUUUACCGAAAUAAAGUGAUAGUGAAAGCAAAAGCUGAGACCAAAGAGAAAAGAAACAAAAUGAAAAGUUGCAAAGCAACAGCAAAACAUGAAAAGGUUAAGAUGAAAGAGGAAAAGGAUGAAUAG